CUGUUGCCAGUACUUGGUUGCGAUCUCGAGUGUAAGGUUCCGUCAAUCGCUACCUUCUUUGCAGAUACAUAACUGGUGAACAAUAUUAAAUAUUGUGUCUUAUAUUUUUAACUUUUAAACAAUAUUUCCAUACGUUUUUCUUUAAACGUUAAAUAAUUUUAAAACAAUUAUUAAAAAAAAAAAAAAUCCUUUAGCAAAAAAAGAGAAUAUUUGUAUAUAUUUUUUUUUAAAUAUUUAAAGUUCGGAAAAACGUGCAAAGAGGAGAGGGGUGGGAGAGAAAAAAAAAGAAAGGUUAGCUACUUUAGACGCCGACCAAGUGGAACUUCCGGCGCCGCUUCCUCUUUUUUCUUUUCGCAUAUAUAUAUAUAUAUAUAUAUAUAGUGGUGAACCAUAACGCGUUCGUGCGAAAAUUUCUUUUUUUUUCGCCAAAAUAAAUUUUUAUUGUUUGCAAAUGAAAAACGGUGAAAUUACUUUAUAAAUAUAUAAAAGUAAAAAGUUACUUUUCAUUUGACGGGUGUGCGACGAAAACAAAGUGUGGGUGUAUUUUAUAAUAUAUAUAUAUAUAUAUAUAUAUAUAUAUAUAGUUUGCAAUAUAUUUUGCUAUAUAUAAAUGUGUGUGUGACCAUAUAGUCUUUAAGAAUGUGCAAACUCACUAUUAUUGAACCUCAGCUUAGAAUGUAUCUUGAGAAACUAUUGCAGUGAGACGAAAUCUCGCAACAACCAAACGAGAAAUACGAUACGUUUGCGUUUCACGCAGAAAGAGAGGAGAACGUGUGUGUAUGUGUAUGGUCUUCGAAUUAUGAAAAGAAAAUUCUGGUUUCGACGAUGCGCGUAAACGGGCAUCAACUGCAGGAUACGAGUCACGAAAUGGACGAGAUGUUGGAGUGUGAAACUGGAUCGCUAUUGGGUCGAGUCGCCGACUUGGAGAAGCAGUCUUUGGCUCAAAGAGACGAGAUUGUCUGUCUUCGAGCGACUUUGGCGGAUGCUCUCAGGCGAAUCGCUCAAUUGGAGGGUCGUGAGAAGCGGGAGGAUGACAGAAAUGAAAGGAGAAACGAGAGAGGUCUCUCUUCGCCCUUGAGGAACGGACACGUUCCAUUUAGAAGUAACCAAAAUUCAGUUCCUUUAAAGGACAUAAGACUGCGACAAACGGCUUCUCUUGGUCUUAGGAGUUCUCCAACGUCAGGAUCAACUCAUGAUGUCAGAGAUGCAAAUUCAAGCCCUAGACGACCUGGAAAUUAUACUUCACCGUCGCAACUUCCUCAAAGAAGAUCCGUCCACUAUCAAUCAACAAAUUCUCUACACUCUGACAGCCCAAGCAGUAGUAGCGUAUCUCCAGUGCCAUCGCCCAGUCCUAGGGCUACGCCACUUCCUGCUGCAAGCAGAUCUCUAACAACAAGAACGAAUGGACCACCGCCUAGUAGUUUAAGAAGAGCAAAGAGAUGGUCUUCAACGGGCGAUUUUACGCAUUCCCCUCAAUGUCCCGGAAAUAACACUCAACUUGCCGGUUCUAGAUUAUCUGCCUCCACCAAAUCAUUGUUCAACCUCUUCAAGCCUCCAGUGCCAAACAGCGUGAAACACGGCACGAGAGACAUGCAGUACAACGAGGAUGAUGGUACUGUACGAAUAUACCUUCGAGGACGACCAAUUCUCCUUUAUGUGCCUACUCCAUUGGUGGAGACCUACGAUCCCCAUAAGGUUAAUACACCACCUCAGAGUAAAUUGAAAUUAGACUGGGUCUAUGGAUACAGAGGAAGAGACUGUCGAAAUAAUUUACAUCUCCUUCCAACUGGAGAAAUUGUCUAUUUUGUCGCUGGCGUUGUUGUCCUUUAUAAUAUGGAAGUUCACAGUCAAAGACAUUACAUUGGUCAUACUGACGAUGUCAAGUGCAUGGCCAUACAUCCUAAUAAAUUAGUUGUCGCCACUGGUCAAGUUGCUGGCGUAGAUCGAAAUGCUAUGCCACACAUUAGGAUAUGGAAUUCAGUGAGUUUAACAACACUGUCAGUAAUCGGUAGCGGUGAAUUUGAUGGAUCAAUUUGCUGUUUAUCAUUUUCAAAAGCAGAUGGGGGAAAUUUUUUGUGCGCUAUUGAUGAAACUGCGGAUCAUAAUAUUUCCAUUUGGGAUUGGCAAAAAGGUGAUCGAGGCGUCAAAGUCACCGAGACGAAGUGUUCGGUUGAUACGGUGGUAUGCGCCGAAUGGCAUCCGCUGGAACGAAAUCAGAUUGUCUCAUGUGGCAAAGGUCACGUAUCCUUUUGGUCCUUGGACAAUGGUGGAAUGCUUUACAAGAAAAUGGGAGUUUUUGAGAGUCGCGAAAAGCCAAGAUACGUGACUUGUGUUGCUUUCAAUCAAAAUGGUGAUGUCCUCACUGGUGAUAGUAAUGGAAACAUUAUUGUUUGGGCAAGAGGAACGAAUACAAUUGCAAGGCUGGUGAAAAAUGUCCACGAGGGAUCGAUAUUUUCCAUGUGUGUUUUAAAGGAUGGAAAUAUCGUCACAGGUGGUGGCAAGGAUGGAAUGCUUUAUCAUCUUGAUGGGUCCUUGAACAAAACUGGCCAAAGUGCACAGAUUGAGGAUCACUUUGGUGGAAUUCGUACAGUCAACGAAGGCAGAGGUUCUCAAUUUUUAGUGGGUACAACGAGAAAUUGUAUUUUGGUUGGUGAUAUGGAAAUGGAAUUUCAUCCAACGGUUUUGGGACACGCUGACGAGGUAUGGGGUUUGGCAUCACAUCCAACUUUGCCACAAUUUGCAACUGCAGCUCAUGAUCGUUUAUUACAAAUGUGGGAUAGUCUCAGUCACACUGUCGUUUGGAGUAAGGACAUCGGGGAGCAAGCGCAAAGUGUCUGCUUUUCGCCAGAUGGAAAUAUAUUGGUUGUCGGUUGUACAAAUGGAAAAUGGUUAGUGAUUGACAGUGAAACUAGAGAAUUAUACAGUCAUCAUACAGAUGGUUCUGAGCCAAUUCAGGUAAUGAAAUUUUCCCCGGAUGGCUCAUUGCUUGCUAUUGGUUCUAGAGAUAAUCACAUUUACAUUUAUCAAGUGAACGAAGAAGCAAUAAAAUACAGUCGAGUUGGACGUUGUAUGCCAAAGAGGAUUCGAAGACGCGGAGGACAUUCCAGUUUUAUAACUCAUUUAGAUUGGUCGGCAGAUGGAAAUUAUCUUCGAAGUAACAGCGGAGAUUACGAAUUACUUUAUUGGAAUCCGGGAGUUUGCCGACAAAUUCCUCAAUCAUCAAGUUUAAGGGAUGUUGAUUGGUCAACGCAGAGUUGUGUUAUUUCUUUUGAAACAAUUGGAAUUUGGCCGGAUGGUGCCGACGGUACUGAUGUUAAUAAUUGUUCUCGUAGUGGCGAUGGCAAGUUACUUGCCACUGGAGAUGAUUUUGGUAAAGUCAAACUCUUUUCUUAUCCAGCUUGCCAACCAAAGUCUCUUCAUCAUUCUUAUGGAGGUCAUUCGAGUCAUGUGACAAAUGUGGCCUUUCUACAGGAUGAUACUCGACUUGUAUCAAUUGGAGGGGGUGAUACCAGCGUUUUACAGUGGAUUGUAAAUUAGAUUCAUGAAAAAAAAAAAAAAAAACGGAAAUGACAUCAUCGGAAAUUUGCGAUAACACCAUUUUUCUUUCCAAACUAAUCGAUAGAUGAAAAAUGGAGAAAGCGAGACGCGAAAUCACUUUCUUUCAACAUCCGAACAGGACGACUUUCGGUUUUAAACAGUGUUUCUCAACCGUGUCUUUAUGUCCGCCUAUCAAAUGCAAUUUCGCUUUUAUAAUUAAUUUUACAAUUAUUAGCGCGUUCGAUUGUAAAUAAUAAAAAAUGAAAUAUAUAUUUAUAUUUCAAUUAAUAAUUUUUGAGGUUGAUUUCAUAGUUUUAUAUUUUCAAACAAAAAUUUAAAGAAACGAAUUUCUUUCUCUUCUAAAGGCCUCAAAAAUUAUUUAUUACAUUUUUACAAAAACAGUUUCAAUAAAUUUAUCAAUAUUUCUUUUUCAUUUUUUUUUUUUCAAGUUUAGAUAUUUAUUCCAAAAAGUUUGACUUGAUAAAUUUUAUUCAACGAAAACUUGCAAAUUACAUAUAUAAAUUUAUGAAAAAAAAAAAAGAAAAAUCAGAUUUAUAAACUAUAAAAACAAUUAUAUAUACCUCUCAUGUAAUGAAAAUACUAUUUUUAGACAAAUUUUUUAUGCACAAUAAAAAGCAGGAUUGUAAAAAAUAAAAAAAUUUCUGUCCACAUAACAAAAAUAUGUUAUUAUUGUAUUGAUAGAAAUAUCGAAUACAUAUUAAAAUCAGAAAUUAACUAUUUGAAAUACAUAAUAUUUUUCGAUAAGCUAUGUUAGUUUCAAAAUUAUAGUUUUUUGAGAUGAAUAAAUUUUAAUUUGUUGUUAAAAAGAAAGCUUCGAAUUCUAAACGAAGACAAGAGACUUGACGAAACAAUUUUUUUAUAAUUAUUAUUAAAAAAAUAAUCAUUUAAUUAUGUUAUGCGAGAAAGUAUUAAACAUAAAAUUUUAAGUUUUUUUCUUACGAAAAAAUCUAUACUGCAUUAUUUAUUUGAAUUAUCACGAGAAGAUAUUAGAUGUUAAAAAGUUAAAAUAAAUAUAUUUUAAGGCGUAAAUACUGUUUCAAUUUGAAAAAAUAAAACGCUGCGCACAAAAUUUGUUCAUGUUGCCAUGCCAAAUACUAUUAUUUGACAUUAAAAUGUCUGCAUAAUUAUUACUAAAUAAUAAUAUUAAAUUAAUGUAUGUAGUAAUAAUAUGUAUUAUCAAUUAAUUAAGUAAUAUUAGUAAUUAAUAUUCAAAAAUAUUAAAAUAUGUAUUGUAAUAUUAUUAUUAUUAUUAUUAUUAUUAUUAUUAUUAUUAUUAUUAUUAUUAUUAUUACUAUUAUUAUAAAUUAUUAUAAUUAGAUAUUAAUUAGAUAUAUGGAAUUAUCGUUUUAAAAGUAGACCUAACUGGUUUUGUAAAAAUCAAAAUUAUUUAUAGACGUUGAAAAAAGGAUUAAUUUUCAUCUUUUAUUAUGCGCGAAUAGGAACAUAAAAAAAAUAUACUUUAUGUUAAUAAAUGCACAAUAAUUGUAUUAUUAAAUAAUUAUAUUAUACUUUAUAAAAAGUACUUAUUUAUAAUGUUUGAUAGCGAAAUGAAAAAUAACCUUCGAAAUUUUAUUAGUCUCUUGUCUUCGUCAAACUAAUAAACUCCAUAUAUGCGACAAUUGCCGUCCAUAAAGUUCAAGAUAUAAAUUCAAGGUGAUUCGACAAAAUUGUAAAAAAAAAAAAAAAAAAAAAUUUGCCAAACCAGUCAGAGGCCUUUGACAAUAUUCAGAUCGCAAGUGAGUGAAAAUUUCUCUAGAAUUUAAAAAAAAAAAAAAAAAACACAAAUUUUGGUGUAAAUAUAUUGAAAAUAUUUAUUAGUUCAAUUGAAUUUAAAAAGAGAAGUUUAAUUAAAAAUUAAUUUUUAAUUUCGAAUUUUCAAUGUAUUAAAAUUCGAAGCUUUAUUUAUUAAAAAUUCGAAAUUUAAUAAACUAACUAUAACUAAUAAAAAAUAAUUUAGUUCAAAUUAGAACAGAAUAUAGCUAAUUAAUAAAUUGAAAGCAAAAAAUUGAAAAUCUAAUUAGAAACUGGCAAUAAUAAUUAAUAAAAAUUAAAAAGCAAUAUUUUUUAAAUGAAAAAUGUUAAAAUCGUAUACGAUUAUAAUUUUUAUUGAAAAGAAAAAAAAAAUAUUCAGCGAAAUUGCAAGUUUAAAAAAAAAAAUGUAAUUUUGUAGUAAUUAAAUAUAGGAAGUAGGAAACAAAAUUUUCAUUCCUUCAUAUAUGCGUGUAAAGUUUCAAAGAUAAGAGAAAUGCAAGACAAAUAUAUAUAUAUAUAAUUGAGGCCUUUUUCUCAGUAAAAAAAAAAAAAAAAAAAAAUCAAAGAGAAGAAAAUUUCUCUGUUCUUUUUUUUGGAAUGAACCAAAGUCAUACUUAAUAAAUGCGCGCGAGAAUUUUUCAAUAUAUUUUCUUCUCUCCGUGAUCGUGUAAGAUAUCUUACCUAAAUAUACAUAUAUAUUUUAUUUAUGUCUGUCAAUGAUGAUAAAAUUGUAAGCUCUUCGAAGUAUAUAUAAUAAAUAUGAAUUUUCCUGAAAA